AUGAACGUUAUUAUGGUGAAGUGCUUGUUGGUGACGGCGUGCCUGCUGGUGGCGGCCGGCAGCGCCGCUUACGCGCCCGUCAAAGGCGCCGCGAGAUUCGGCCGAGCUCCGCUGCUGGAGCGAUUCGCCUGGCGAAUUCUCGACUGGAACUUCCCGUCGGAGCUGAGCAGGCAGCAGGCCAUAGCGACGGGCGACUAUCAGCCGGAGAACGCCCUUCCCGUGGGCAUCGAGAUCUGGAGGGACAAGCUGUUCGUCACCGUGCCCAGAUGGAAGGACGGAGUUCCCGCCACCCUCAACUACAUUCCGCUGGACCAAGUGCGCGGCGGAUCGCCCAAGCUCAUACCCUACCCGAGCUGGUCGCAGAACGUCGCCGGCGCCUGCGGUAGCGGCCUCACCACCGUCUACAGAAUCCACGCCGACACGUGCAACAGACUCUGGGUCCUCGACGUGGGUACCGUCGGAAUCGGCAACGAGACCGUCCAGGCCUGCCCCUACACUCUGAACGUGUUCGAUCUGACGACCGACACCCUCAUCAGGCGCUACGUUCUCAGGCCCGAAGACGUUAAUUCGAACACGUUCAUCGCCAACAUCGCCGUGGACAUCGGCAAGGGCGGCUGCGACGACGUCUACGCGUACAUGUCGGACGAGCUCGGCUACGGCCUCAUCGUCUACUCGUGGCAGCUGAAUCGCUCGUGGCGCCUCGAGCACGGCUACUUCUUCCCCGACCCGCUCGCGGGCGAUUACAACGUAGGCGGCCUGAAUUACCAGUGGCACACCGAGGGCAUAUUCGGCCUGAGCGUGUCGCCGGUGGCCCUCGACGGCUAUCGCACCCUCUUCUUCCAUCCGCUGAGCAGCAAUCGCGAGUUCGCCGUGUCCACGAGGAUACUGCGCGACGAGAAGCUCUCGGCCAACAGCUAUCACGACUUCCAGGUGCUGCCCGAGCGAGGACCGCUGGGCCACUCGACCGCCGAGAUCAUGGACGAGAACGGGCUGCAGCUCUUCACUCUGGUCGAUCAGAAUGCCGUCGGCUGCUGGAACUCGCUGCUGCCCUACGCCCCGAGCAACCAGGCCGUCGUCGCCCGCCACGACGAGGCAAUGAUCUUCCCGUCCGACGUUAAGAUCAACCGUGGCCUGAUCUGGAUCAUGACCGACCGCAUGCCGCAGUUCCUCGAGUCCGAGGAGGGCCUGAACUACACCGACGUGAACUUCAGGAUACUGACGGUGCCGGUGCGCGACGCCAUCGCCGGCACCGUCUGCGACAACACGCCCUGGACCUUCCAGGGCAAUCAGCUAUGGUGGGACCGAUGAUCGAUUCGAUAGCAUAUAUAGAGCAAUUCUCUCAUCAUUUUUAUGUACGCCAAGCAUCAUCGGUGCGCUCAUUUUUGUGUGCCUAUAUAGCAGCAAACGAUUUAUAAUAGCCUAAAUAUUGUGACAUCUACCGAUUCAUCGUCAUUCCAUUAUAAAUAUUGUAUAUCAGCCACUCGCAUUUCGUUCACGCCCACGCACGCACGACGCGCAAAAAUUCGAAUUUUUUUCUUCUUUCCUACAUCGCAACUGGAUUUCCGCGAAAACGCGUUUAUGAAACUUGCACGUAUAUAUGUAUGUACGUACGAAUGAAAGUCGCGCGCGUUGAUGUUUCGAUGCGGAAUGUAAUGGCAAAAAAGGAAAAACGCACGCCAGCAGCAGCAGCAGCAGUGGCUACCGUUUUCACAGCCUAUACUGCACGCGCGACUUUCAUAUUUAUAUGUAUCAUGUGUGUGUGUGUGUUUGUACGUUUAAGCGAGCACACAAACAUAAUAUAGACAGCUUGACGCACGGCGCGCGUUUCCGCGAGUAAACAAUUUUCUCGCGGAGAUUGGCCUCUGAUGCAUUAAUCCAUACCGGGAGCCGUGGCAACACCUACGAAACAAACUAGUAGCUGCUUGUAUAAAUUAUUAUGUAUACACUGUUGCCAAUCUUGUGUGCUUUUUCCUCGCCUUCUUUUUUUUUUUUUUUACUUUACUUCACUCGAACGCGGUGUCGCAGUACGUGCCUGUGUGGCGGGCUCGAUGAAUCGUUUGCACGUGCGCUUCUAUACCAUAGCAUAAUAGUGGGCAAAAAAUUAUGUGCUCCGAAAGUAAUCAUCCUUAUCGAAUUUUUCUCGCGUGUGUAUCUUAGAAAAUUCGCGAUUGUAUAAUAAAACACUUCCGUGUCAAAAUUUUGCAGUAAAUACGGAAUAUUCACGAGAAAAAAAAAUCAAAGAUAUUUACUCUCUCAAUAUUUAUCGUCGACGCACCGACGACGGUUGACAAGUGCAAUCUAGACCGUAAUUGAGCAUUGGGUUGUAACGCCGACUUUCAACUUACCUCUUUUUUUUUUUUUUGCUCGUCAAGAUCAUUUUGAGAUAACAAUCGAAAAGACAACAUUGUAUAAUGUAACGUGACUUUAGUUCCUUUGAAGAAAAACAGUCUAUAUAGUUGAAUCAUUACCUACAUGGCUUUUUCAUAAUACAUGCUUACAGAUAUUUCCAUG